AUGAGUGCUACUUGCACGGUCAGACAGAGGCGAAGUCCGCCCGGGAAAGUUAGAAACGGGGACGGAGUGAAAAUUGCAUGUAAAGCCAGAAACCACGGGCUUUGCAGCUACGAAGAACUACCCGAAUGGCAACGUGACAAUGACAAAAUACUCCGGGGCUAUGUGCGCGAAACCCGGUCUCUUAUGAAAUGUGUGAAAUCGCUAUUUUACUUCCACAACGAGUCCGUGAACAUUUACACCCAUUUGAUUCCUGGCGGAACAUACCUAGCGCUUCUAAUCUUCUUUACGGAUUUUGUCCUAAUUCCUCAGUUCCCAUCAACGUCGAUGUCCGAUUACAUCAUGAUCAACUUUUUCCUUCUGGGAGCCUUUUUAUGUCUAAUGUGCAGUAGUUGCUUCCACUGCAUGAAGCAGCACUCCGAGGCACACAGCGACGCCUGGAGUAAAGUAGACUACAUGGGCAUCAUUGUGCUGAUUUCCUGUUCGAUGGUAUCGCUGCUGUACUAUGGAUUCCACGAUUAUUUAUUCCAUUUCAAGCUCUUCACUAUCGUUGUGGUUGUCUUGGGAUCAGUGUGUGCGGCGUUUGUGUUGAACGAUCGUUUUAACGCCAAAAAUUGGCGUGCUUUCCGGGCCGCGUUUUUCGUGCUGUUCGGAUUCAGUGGUGUUGUGCCGAUCGUAACUGGUCUCGUCAAAUUUGGAAUUGAAGAAUCCUGCAAGCGAGUUCAGCUCCGUUUCGUGCUAUGGGAAGCACUUUUCUACAUUGUGGGUGCUGUGGUCUACGGACUGCGGCUACCUGAAGCACUUUUGCCGGGCAAAUUCGAUUUUGUUGGCCACAGUCACCAGCUAUUCCAUGUGCUAGUAGUGUGUGGCUCUAUAUGCCAUUUCAGAGCGCUGAUUGGGUCCUAUUUUUUCCUGCACACUGGUCUCAGCACUUCGAAUCUUCUCAAUUUGAAAGUUCUCGCAUGA